GAAACAAUAUGCAGAUCUUCGUGAAGACUCUGACCGGUAAAACCAUCACCUUGGAUGUUGAAGCCGUAGACACCAUCCAGAACAUCAAGGGCAAGAUCGAGGAUAAGGAAGGUAUCCCUCCAGAUCAACAGCGCCUGAUCUUCGCUGGCAAACAGCUGGAAGAUGGCCGUGCCCUGUCCGAUUACAACGUCCAGAAGGGAUCUACGCUACACUUGGUGCUGCGCCUCCGAGGUGGCAUGCAGAUCUUCGUCAAGAUGUUAACCGGCAGAACCAUGGCCAUCGAUACCGAACCAGAGGACUCAGUCGAAACACUAAGGGUUAAGAUCUCGGAGAAACUCGAAGAAAUGCCACCAAACCAGCUACGUUUGAUCUUCGCCGGUAAGCAACUGGAGGAUGGACGCACCUUGCAAGAAUACAGCAUCAUCAAGGGUUCCACAGUGCAUCUGGUUCUGAGGCUAAAGGGCGGAAUGCAGAUUUUCGUCAAAACCCUAACCGGUAAGACCAUCACCUUGGAGGUCGAACCCUCGGACACGAUCGAGAAUGUGAAGGCCAAGAUCCAGGAUAAGGAGGGAAUCCCCCCGGAUCAGCAGCGUUUGAUCUUCGCCGGUAAGCAGCUGGAGGAUGGCCGUACCCUGUCGGAUUACAACAUCCAGAAGGAGAGUACCCUUCAUCUGGUUCUGCGUCUCCGUGGAGGUAUGCAGAUCUUUGUGAAGACUUUGACUGGAAAGACCAUCACCUUGGAGGUUGAGCCAUCCGAUACUAUUGAAAAUGUCAAGGCCAAGAUCCAGGAUAAGGAAGGUAUCCCGCCAGAUCAGCAGCGUUUGAUCUUUGCCGGCAAGCAGCUGGAAGAUGGCCGUACUCUUUCCGACUACAACAUCCAGAAGGAGAGCACUCUACAUCUUGUUUUGCGUCUCCGCGGAGGUAUGCAGAUCUUCGUUAAGACUCUGACUGGAAAGACCAUCACCUUGGAGGUUGAGCCAUCCGAUACUAUUGAAAAUGUCAAGGCCAAGAUCCAGGAUAAGGAAGGUAUCCCGCCAGAUCAGCAGCGUUUGAUCUUCGCCGGUAAGCAGCUGGAAGAUGGUCGUACCCUGUCGGACUAUAACAUCCAGAAGGAAAGCACUCUUCAUCUGGUUCUGCGUCUCCGUGGUGGAAUGCAGAUCUUCGUCAAGACUCUGACUGGAAAGACCAUCACUCUUGAAGUCGAGCCAUCUGACACCAUUGAAAACGUCAAGGCUAAGAUCCAGGAUAAGGAAGGUAUCCCUCCAGAUCAGCAGCGUUUGAUCUUCGCCGGUAAGCAGCUGGAAGAUGGCCGAACUUUGUCAGACUACAAUAUCCAGAAGGAGAGCACUCUUCAUCUGGUUUUGCGUCUCCGUGGUGGAAUGCAGAUCUUCGUCAAGACCCUGACUGGAAAGACCAUCACUCUUGAAGUCGAGCCAUCUGACACCAUUGAAAACGUCAAGGCUAAGAUCCAGGAUAAGGAAGGUAUCCCUCCAGAUCAGCAGCGUUUGAUCUUCGCCGGUAAGCAGCUGGAAGAUGGUCGUACCCUGUCGGACUACAACAUCCAGAAGGAGAGCACUCUUCAUCUGGUUUUGCGUCUCCGUGGUGGAAUGCAGAUCUUCGUCAAGACUCUGACUGGUAAGACCAUCACACUUGAAGUCGAGCCAUCUGACACCAUUGAAAACGUCAAGGCUAAGAUCCAGGAUAAGGAAGGAAUCCCCCCAGAUCAGCAGCGUUUGAUCUUCGCCGGUAAGCAGCUGGAAGAUGGUCGUACUCUUUCCGACUACAAUAUCCAGAAGGAGAGCACUCUUCAUCUGGUUCUGCGUCUCCGUGGAGGUAUGCAGAUCUUCGUCAAGACCCUGACUGGAAAGACCAUUACUCUUGAAGUCGAGCCAUCCGAUACUAUUGAAAACGUCAAGGCCAAGAUCCAAGAUAAGGAAGGCAUUCCCCCAGACCAGCAGCGUUUGAUCUUUGCCGGUAAGCAGCUGGAAGAUGGCCGUACUCUUUCCGACUACAACAUCCAGAAGGAAAGCACUCUUCAUCUGGUUCUUCGUCUGCGAGGAGGUAUGCAGAUCUUCGUCAAGACUCUGACCGGUAAGACCAUCACCCUGGAAGUUGAGCCAUCCGACACUAUCGAGAAUGUAAAGGCUAAGAUCCAAGAUAAGGAAGGAAUCCCUCCAGAUCAGCAGCGAUUGAUCUUCGCCGGUAAGCAGCUGGAAGAUGGUCGUACUCUGUCGGACUACAAUAUCCAGAAGGAAAGCACUCUGCAUCUGGUUCUGCGUCUUCGUGGAGGUAUGCAGAUCUUCGUCAAGACUCUGACCGGUAAGACCAUCACCCUGGAAGUCGAGCCAUCCGACACUAUCGAGAAUGUAAAGGCUAAGAUCCAAGAUAAGGAAGGAAUCCCCCCAGAUCAGCAGCGUUUGAUCUUUGCCGGUAAGCAGUUGGAAGAUGGCCGUACUCUUUCCGACUACAACAUCCAGAAGGAAAGCACUCUUCAUCUGGUUUUGCGUCUCCGUGGAGGUAUGCAGAUCUUCGUUAAGACCUUGACUGGAAAGACCAUCACCUUGGAGGUCGAGCCAUCUGACACCAUCGAGAACGUCAAAGCUAAGAUCCAGGAUAAGGAAGGUAUCCCACCAGAUCAGCAACGUUUGAUCUUCGCCGGUAAGCAGCUGGAGGAUGGCCGUACCCUGUCGGAUUACAACAUCCAGAAGGAGAGUACCCUUCAUCUGGUUCUGCGUCUCCGUGGAGGUAUGCAGAUCUUCGUCAAGACCCUGACUGGAAAGACCAUCACCUUGGAAGUCGAGCCAUCAGACACCAUCGAGAAUGUCAAGGCUAAGAUCCAAGAUAAGGAAGGAAUCCCUCCAGAUCAGCAGCGAUUGAUCUUCGCCGGUAAGCAGCUGGAAGAUGGCCGUACCCUUUCCGACUACAACAUCCAGAAGGAGAGCACUCUUCAUCUGGUUCUGCGUCUCCGUGGAGGUAUGCAGAUCUUCGUCAAGACUCUGACUGGAAAGACCAUCACUCUUGAAGUUGAGCCUUCUGACACCAUUGAAAACGUCAAGGCUAAGAUCCAGGAUAAGGAAGGUAUCCCUCCAGAUCAGCAGCGUUUGAUCUUUGCCGGUAAACAGCUGGAGGAUGGCCGCACUCUGUCGGACUACAAUAUCCAGAAGGAAAGCACUCUGCAUCUGGUUCUGCGUCUUCGUGGAGGUAUGCAGAUCUUCGUCAAGACUCUGACCGGUAAGACCAUCACCCUGGAAGUUGAGCCAUCCGACACUAUCGAGAAUGUAAAGGCUAAGAUCCAAGAUAAGGAAGGAAUCCCUCCAGAUCAGCAGCGAUUGAUCUUCGCCGGUAAGCAGCUGGAAGAUGGCCGUACCCUUUCCGACUACAACAUUCAGAAAGAAAGCACACUGCAUUUGGUCCUGCGAUUGAGAGGCGGACAGUAAAGAUGAUGUUGAGCAAUAAAUAGAAAUUCCGUAACUAA